UGCGUGUGUUUCUCAUGCACAUGUAUGGUCUUCUCCUACCUCCAGCAAAGCCAAGCAGCAGCAGCCGCCGCCGCCGCCACCACGUCUCCCUACGGCGAAAACCGCCAUGGAAGGAGGUCCUGCGAGCCUCGCCGUGCUCAGAGCCGCUCUUCUUGGCAUGGCCGUCGUCCUGUCCAUGGUGACCUGGGUGCCGCACGUGUACUCCUGCGCUAGGAUCUUCCUCCUGGUGUCGCUCCCUUCCGCGGCUUCCACCCUCGCGACGCCGAGGUGCCUCUUCGUCUUCUCCAACAUCAUCGUCAUCUUCCUCGCCAACGAGUCGAAGCUCUCCGAGAGCGAGGGUGAGAGCUUCACUGAUGACGCCAUCGGAUUUAGGGUUGGAGCUUUCACACCACCAGCUACUACUACCCAGGAGAACGACGUCGCUGAAGAAGAAGAGAACAUGAGUGAAGAACAAGAAGAUGGCAUGGCGAUUCUACAUGACGACCACGCCAGCCUGCAACAACGGCAGCGAGAUGAACCUGAAGACGUGGACGCUGCAUCGAGCAUUCUCGUGGCCGAGGAACCAGGAGGAGAAGACGAUGUUGUUCAUCUCUGCGAUGCAGAAACCGAGGAAGGAGAAGCAGUAUCAUCGCAGGACGAGAUGAUGAUGAUGAUGAUGAUGGAGGAAGAGGCGACCGAGGAGGAAGACGCAGGCUUGCCAACUGAUGAGCUGAACCGUAGGGUGGAGGACUUCAUCGCAAGGUUCAACAUGGAGAGGCAGCUCGAGGCAAGGAUGCUGGUCUGCUGCUGCUGAACGCCUGAACGUUGUACACAUGUGCUUUUGUGUGAUCCUUCUGAGACCAUGUUCAUGCAUGCAAUAAAAUUACUGGCCUUUAAGCACUCUGUAAUGGACUAUGGAUGGAAUAAAUGCUUUAUCAAAUU